AUGAAGGGAAUGGGGCGAGCUUUUGCGGUCAAGUCGAAAUCAGACACCGCCGUUCGCGUCAUCAUUCCGCCGCGGGAUGAUGAGACCGCGGAAGCGGAUCUUUCGGGAGAGUGGCUGGACUGCUGCUUGCGGGAGUAUCUGGAGAGAAAGCGUCUCUUCGAAAAUCGCUUUCGCAGCCGAAGACAACUGACGGCUCGCAUUCUGGCACUCCUUGUGCCUUUCCUCGCUGUGUUGUGGAGCAUAUGGCCCAUGUGGCGGGUGCUGAUCGACGUUGAGACAGAUGCUUACUACAAGGCUUUGGAGGUCCCUUCAACGGCGACGCCCAGCGAGAUCACGCGAGCGUAUCGCGCUAUGAUGAAGCGUUGGCAUCCAGAUAACAAUCCGACCUGUGGACAAUAUUGUCGGGAAAGGACGGAGCGUAUCAAAGAGGCAUACGACGUGCUGCUGUCUCGCAGUAACCAUCGCUUGACUCUCGCCAACCAGUAUCACGAAGGUCUCAUGGCGCUGCGUUCAUUGCUGUCGUUCCGCGGGUUCCAGAUAUCCGGCGAUGCGGCGAUGAAUGUCUUCAUGAUCUUACUGCGGCUGUACCCCGCCAGCGCGAGGAAGAGUGUCGCGCUGAGACUUGCGUGCAGCGUUGUCAUUUUGGUCGUAUGCACUGUGCAUGAGACCUUCUUUGUCAGUGGCUUCAGCAUUGUGACGGUUGUCGAGCUCUUUUACUACUCCCUGUCGAUGGCCAAAGCCUCUGCGCAGCAGCAGUCGAUGGAGGAGGUGCGGCGAAACUCCUAUUUUGAUGUAGUACGCGACGCGUUCGUCUUGCUGGGCUGCGCGAGUGCUGCAAGCAUUGCCGUGCGUUGGAGAGAGAAUACCGCGAUGUCGAUGGAAGAAGCCUCCCGCAUGUUUUAUGGCAGCGUCUACGUUCUCUCGUUCCUGUACAAGUUCUCACCGAACGCGUACGACAACUUUUUAAUGCGUAAGUGCUCACUACCGCUCACGUACUUGGACAUGACGAGUGCAAGGUUCACGUGGACGCGAUUUGCGACAAGCGAACUGAUGUUUCUCGUCGACGAUCUGUUCGUCUUCACGUGUCGCAUCUCCAGCCCUUACCGAGUGGUGGUGUAUAUUACGCAUUUCGUUGCCCUCUGCCAGUUUUUUAUGUUACCAUGGGAUACACCAAUCAUCAACGGGAGGGCCAGCGCAAGAGCAAGAACUGCUGGAAUAGAAGAGCCAAAAGCUCCGGCGUCAGCAAGUGCGAGAACCAGAGUAGCUCAAUCGACCAACAGCGAUGCCAUGGAGACGGCCGAGCAAAGCACAUUUGCCCAGUCUUACAUAACAAAGGAAGAGGAAGAUGUUGUCACCGAUCUCGACAACGAGGCGGUGUCGUGGAUGGAUAUUGCGAGCCUCAAAUACAAGGCUCUCGUCCUGACGCUUGGCCGCAAGCACGCCCAGCAGCACGGCCAGUCGGCAGAUGCCGUUGAUAUUGCGCCAAGUUCUGACUUGCAGAAUGUUUUAGUCGUCGCGUUCUCCCGCGGCACCGGUACCGGGCCGGCUGCAUCUCAACAGAGACUCGACGUUCUUUGUCAGGUGCGUGACCCGGAGAUGAGUCGACUUGUGGCGAUGGAACGCGGACCAAAGAUGAUGGUGCCUGUGCGCCCCAAAUCUCCGUGGAGCCUGGAUCUCGCACGCAUGGAGUAUCGCAAGGUCCUCGGCUCUGUAGCCCCGCUGACGAGUGCACAGGUGUGGCGAAUGCGGGCACCAGGGAGUCCGUCUGCGGCAUGGAAAGCACUAGUGACGACGGUGUGUGGAUGGGUUGUGUUUGCCCUCGUUUGCGCAGUUGCUGGGCCCUCUUCACACGACGCUGUACGGAGCUCCAAAGGCAUCGACAGCUCUCUUCGUCCACAGCUGUUUGCCCGCUUUUUAGGGGCACUGCCGCCAACCCAUUUUGUGAACGCGUUGUCGGGAGGUCUCCUGACCGUGGCGCAAAUUCCCUUCUGCACGUUGGACUGGUGGGAUGCCGGGGCCACACUUGGCUUUGUACGUUAG